AGCUGGUGAUCGCAGGCAGCAGCGAGCCCCUGCAGGACGGAUGAAGUAGAGACCACCACUGCCAGCCCAGUUUCCCUCAAUUUUCUUCUCUUCUAAAAGAGCUCUGAUUCUUCUGCUGUCAUCUUGACGGUGUGAGGCAGACACAAGCUUCCAGUGAGAAGACCCACCAUGGGGAUCAAGGCUGCCCUGCCCAGAUAUGAGCUGUAUCUCUACACAGCCGUGCUGACCGGGGCCUUGAUAUGGGCUGGCAGUUGGAUAUUUGAAGCUUCAAGUGAGAAUGUGAACCGAAAGGCAUUCAAGGAGAGUGUGAAACCAGGAUGGCAUUACUUUGGCAGGAAGAUGGACGUUGCAGACUUCGAGUGGAUGAUGUGGUUCUCAACAUUCCGCAAUCACAUCUUGUUUGCCCUCACUGGUCACGUGAUCUUUGCUAAGAUUUUCUCUCUGGUAGCUUCAAAGACUGGUAUAGAUGGAUGUAAGCACAGAUCCUUAAUCUUUGGACUGUACGGUGGUUUGGCAGUCCUGGUCACCAUGGGAUGGACCUUCAUGGCGCUGGUUCUGUCUCACUGCAUCAUACUCUACAGCGUCGCUCUGGUCAAGAGGAAGUGGUUGUGUUUUGCUGCCGGACUGGCGACGCUGGCCUCCAUCAAGCUGGAGCCCUAUAACUCCUGGCAGGAAGCCCUGGUGACUGGCUCCUUCGACCUGCAAGACAUCCUCUUCUACUGCGGCUGCGGCUUCAGCAUCAUGCGGUGUAUGAGCUUUGCUUUGGAGAACUGUGAGAGGAAAGAAGGAAACUACAAGUUCUGCGACCUGCUCAAGUACAACUUCUACCUCCCCUUUUUCUUCUUUGGUCCCAUCAUGACCUUCGACAGAUAUCACGAUCAGGCAAACAACACCAAACUGACCCGCAAAGACAGAGAACUGUGGAACAUCACCUCGAAGGCCUUGUUGCACCUCGCUGUCAUCUUGGUAGUGGACGUCUUCUUCCACUACCUCUACAUCCUGACCAUCCCCAGUGACAUGAAGCUGGUCACCAAGCUGUCUGACUGGAGUCUGGCUGGUCUGGCUUAUUCCAACCUGGUGUAUGACUGGGUGAAGGCGGCUGUAAUGUUUGGUGUCAUCAACACCGUGGCCACUCUGGAUCACCUGGACCCCCCUCAGCCGCCCAAGUGCAUCACCAUGCUCUACGUCUUCGCUGAGACUCACUUCGACCGAGGCAUCAACGACUGGCUCUGCAAGUAUGUUUACGACUACAUCGGAGGAAAUCAUGAUCAGAUCUUCAAGGAGCUGCUGGCCACCAUCUGCACGUUCUCCAUCACCACUCUCUGGCUCGGCCCGUGCGAGCUGGUCUACAUCUGGUCCUUCUUCAACUGCUUCGGCCUCAACUUUGAGCUCUGGGUGGCCAAGUUUUUCUCAUUUCCCCCAUUUUCUACAAUUGAGGGUGCGAUGGGGGAGGCCAUGUCACGCAGGAUCAGGGGCGUGUUCAACGCUGCCAACUUCUGGGCCAUCGUCCUCUACAACGUGCUGUCGCUUAACAGCUUGGAGUUUGCAAAACUGGUGGGAAGAAGACUGAUCUUCAAAGGCUUCCCGCUGUCCAGCCUGUCAGUGCUGCUGGUCACCUACUGUGGAGUCCAGUUGGUGAAGGAAAGGGAGCGCCGGCAGGCUCUGUUGGAGGAGGCCGAGAAGAAGGACAAAGUCGAAUAAAGAUGACUUGACUUGCGGAAACUGACCAGGACAAAAGUACCAGCACACGAAUCGCUCACGAGUCUGUGAUUCAGUUUUGGUGCAUCAGAAGGAAGGAAGCAUCUGAAAUCAUUUACUCUCCUCAAGUGCACUUGCUGCAAAUCAUUUUGUCAGCACAUCACGGAUGGUUUGUUUUAUAUUAGAUCUCAAUGAAUGUAUAGAACAGGAAACAACACUUCAUCAUUUCUAUGUCAUCAGUGCCUUAAAGGAGCAAAACUUGAACAAAAGCUUGAACAAAACCUUUGAACUUAAGGCGCUGCUGAGCCAGCAAAAUCAGGAAAGGUGCUGUGAAGGUGUGUGCCUCACUCAUGCCUGCUGGCUCGCUUUCACUCAAUGGAAACAUGCAUUGAAUCGACCCAGAAUGUGUCUGCCUUCUUUGGAAACAAUAUUGAAUGUUUACACUGAACCCUAGCUACAGUUUCUCUGGGUUUUCUGAGGGAGUCAACCGUUAGACCCAGAGAAGAGCGCAGUUUUGUCUCAUACUGCUGAAACCUUCAGGUGGAGAUUAUAUACAUAUAUUAUAUUGUUUGUCCUUUACCUAUAUAUAUAUAUUAACUCUCAAUGAUGAUCAUUUGCCAGUGGUAAAAUAAACUGUAGAUUCUGCUGGA